UUAGAUGGAGUUGAGGGAAGAAACCAGUGUAUUGCAAGGCACUCCGCACUCGUAGUUCGUAGAUUUCUUCUCUGCUUCAGCUUCAUCCCGGAAGAUGAGGCUUGAAAGCUGAAGAAAACAUUUGCAUCAGUGCGAAAAGCACAGAAGCUAUGAGAUGAGAUGAAACCCAGUGCAGAUAUUCCCCAUUCAAAAUGCGGCGGUUUUCUUCAAAAGCAGCGGUUCUCUGCAACAAAUACCGUUUCUUCCCAUUUUCCUCCCAACCAAACAGCCGCUUUGACUUCGUGGCCGGAGGAUCAUACUCCUCUAGUCGAUUUCAUGGAUCAUCCGAACCCUAUUUCCAAAUUAAUUCGUUCCGAAAGUUAUCGAAUUUCAGCCCUAAUCACACGUCUCCAAAAGCCAGAGAAGGAGGGUUCGGUCUCGUCUGCCUCGAGAACAAACCCGACAACUCCACUGAUGACCGCAGCCACGACGAGUUCUCGGGCGAUGUCGAGAAGGCGUACAGAAUCCUGAGAAAAUUUCACACCAGGGUUGCAAAACUGGAACACGCUUUGAAAGAAUCCGGCAUCGUCGUCAGGUCGGGCCUAACAGAGCGCGUCCUGAAUCGUUGUGGCGACGCCGGAAACUUGGGAUACAGGUUCUUUGUGUGGGCUUCGAAGCAACCGGGUUACAGGCACGGUUACGAUGUGUACAAGGCCAUGGUCAAGAGUUUGGGGAAGAUGAGGCAAUUUGGUGCCGUUUGGGCGCUGAUUGAGGAGAUGAGGAGAGAGAACCCGCAGCUCAUUGCUCCUGAACUGUUUAUUGUGCUGAUGAGGAGAUUUGCAUCGGCGAGAAUGGUGAAGAAGGCGAUUGAGGUAUUGGAUGAGAUGCCCAAGUAUGGGUGUGAGCCAGAUGAAUAUGCUUUUGGGUGUUUAUUGGAUGCCUUGUGCAAGAAUGGCUGUGUAAAAGAAGCAGCUUCCCUGUUUGAUGAAAUGCGGAUGAGGUUUACACCAAGUAUCAAGCAUUUUACUUCGUUGUUGUAUGGUUGGUGUAGAGAAGGGAAGCUUAUGGAGGCGAAAUUUGUGCUGGUCCAGAUGAGAGAAGCGGGUUUUGAGCCGGACAUUGUGGUCUAUAACAAUCUACUUAAUGGGUAUGCUGUUGCAGGGAAAAUGGCUGAUGCAUUUGAUCUUUUACAAGAGAUGAGGAGGAAAGGUUGUGAACCAAAUGUGACAUCCUUCACAAUUUUGAUUCAGGCCCUUUGUUCUCAGGAGAAACUGGAGGAGGCAAUGCGGGUUCUGAUGGAUAUGCAAAGGAGUGGCUGCGAGGCAGAUGUUGUGACUUACACUACUUUGAUUAGUGGCUUCUGUAAGUGGGGAAAGAUUGAUAGGGGUUAUGAGCUUUUGGAUUGUAUGAUGCAGAAGGGGCAUACUCCAAAUCAGAUGACUUAUUUACAUAUUAUAAUGGCACAUGAGAAGAAGAACGAACUGGAGGAGUGUUUGGAGCUUGUUGAGGAGAUGCGGAAAAUUGGUUGCUACCCUGAUCUAAAUAUCUACAACAUUUUAAUUCGAGUUGCAUGCAAGUUGGGAGAGGUUAAACAAGGUGUUCAACUUUGGAACAAUUUGGACACAGAAGGGUUAAGCCCGGGGCUUGAUACCUUUGUCAUUAUGAUUCAUGGGUUUCUUGAGCAAAGCUGUCUGGUUGAAGCUUGUGACUACUUCAAAGAAAUGGUUGGAAGAGGCCUUCUAUCUGCUCCUCAAUAUGGCACCUUGAAAGAGCUACUGAAUACCCUACUAAGAGCAGAUAAACUUGAAAUGUGCAAAGAUGUUUGGAGUUGCGUGGUGACCAAGGGAUGUGAACUUAAUGUAUAUGCUUGGACAAUAUGGAUUCAUGCACUGUUCUCAAAUGGACACGUGAAGGAGGCUUGCUCGUACUGUUUGGACAUGAUGGAUGCAGACUUGAUGCCCCAACCAGAUACUUUUGCCAAGCUUAUGAGGGGUCUGAGGAAGCUGUACAAUAGACAGAUUGCAGCGGAGAUUACUGAGAAGGUGAGGAAGAUGGCUGCAGACAGACAAAUAACCUUUAAGAUGUACAAAAGGCGAGGUGAGAGGGACUUGAAAGAGAAGGUUAAGGCGAAAAAGGAUGGAAGGAAGAGGAGGUCUCGUCGGCGCCGGUGGGGAAGGGGCCGUGCUAGAGGAGACUUAGUGUAGCUUAAAUCAGAAGUAUGUUGGAUGGUAAAUCUGGUUUGCUUGCCGGGUUGCAGAUGAUAUUCACUCACUGAGUUAUUGGAUAUGGACUAUUUAUAAUGGGAAAGAUAACUUGUAAGAAACUUGUCCAUGUGCAUAAGUAAUAAUCUCUUGCUCUGGGCACUUCACUUGAAGCAUGGCAGGAGAAGCUGCUUUCUUCCCAGUCAUUUUUCUUUCACAUAUGCCUGCUUGCAAGCAAAGUGAAGAAAAUGAAUCAUCUGAUUGUUCAUUAGGUGGAAUACUAAACGCAACUAAAGAAACAUCAUCUCCUUUUGCCACUUGAAUGACUGGAUUGAAGUAUGAUUCUCCUGGGGGGAACUAUCUUGACAUUUGUAAGCAAGAAAAUGGAUAUCUCUGCACUGUGCAGGUCUACCAGUGUUUUCAACUCAGCUCGACGAAAUAAAGGAAAAAUAAGGAGAAGAAAAGUGUAGUUACAAGCAUGAAGACGGUCCCUGGGGGUUCCAGAUUUAGCAAGAACUUCAAGAUCAACCUGGCUCAUUGACAUGAGACCUAAAGUGAGCCCAGACACCAGCCCAGCAAACAUCAUCAGCACAACAAUUGCUACUAUCUGAAUAAAAAACUUUGAUUCGCAGCACUUGUAGUAGCUUUUCAGGUGCUGGUGGUGGUGGUGCCCUGUGGUGUUGCUGCCAGUCAUUGCCGCCACACUCGUCUCUUUUUCUACUGGCUGGUUCAAGAACUUAAAGAGUUAUCAGCAUCAACUCAUUGAAGUUUCGGAAUGGAAUUUCUACUGCUUGGCAAGCAGGGAAUAUUAUUAGAUCCGAUGUUUCAUGUCUUAUCAGUUCAGUAGAGAUGCCUCAAACGUCACUUUUAUCUUUCUCAUUUGUGGUUUCUUAUACAAGGAAAUGAAGAAGAGAGAUGAGUUUGUAGUUAGAAGAUGGCCGCAGGCUUGUGGUUUUUGCGUGUGUCGUGUCCUUUGGUUGCAGUUCUCAGUGAAAAAAACAAAAACAAAAA